AUGCUCCGAGACCCCACCGCCGCUCGGUGGCCGCCCCUCCUCCUGCCGCUGCCCCUGCUGCUGCUGCUGCUGCUGCCGCUACUGCAGCUGCCGCCGCCGCCACUCGUCUGUGGCGCCCCGGCGGGGCCGGGAACCGGGGCGCAGGCCUCGGAGCUGGUGGUGCCCACGCGGUUGCCGGGCAGCGCGAGCGAGCUCGCCUUCCACCUGUCCGCCUUCGGCCAGGGCUUCGUGCUGCGCCUGGUGCCCGACGCCAGCUUCCUGGCGCCCGAGUUCAAGAUCGAGCGCCUGGGGGGCUCGAGCGCGGCGGCCGGGGGCGAGCCGGGGCUGCGCGGCUGCUUCUUCUCGGGCACGGUGAAUGGGGAGCGGGAGUCGCUGGCGGCCGUGAGCCUGUGUCGCGGGCUGAGCGGUUCGUUCUUGCUGGCAGGCGAGGAGUUCACCAUUCAGCCUCAGGGCGCUGGGGACUCCCUGGACCAGCCCCACCGCCUGCAGCGCUGGGGACCCGGGCAGCGCCGCCAAGACCCCGGGCUCGCAGCCGCGGAGGUCUUCCCCCUCCCUCGGAGACUGGAGUGGGAAGUGGAGAUGGGUGAGGGGCAGGGACAGGAGAGGAGUCACAACAAGGAGGACAGGGAGCAGGACGAAGGGGGGUCGCGCAAAGACGCAGAAAACUCCCGCGAACUGCCCCCACCCUUCGGAUCCAAAACUAGGAGCAGGAGGUUUGUGUCCGAGGCUCGCUUCGUGGAAACCCUGCUGGUGGCUGACGCGUCCAUGGCCGCCUUCUAUGGGACGGACCUGCAGAACCACAUCCUCACAGUGAUGUCAAUGGCAGCCCGACUCUACAAGCACCCGAGCAUCCGGAACUCCAUCAACCUCGUGGUGGUGAAAGUGCUGAUAGUGGAAGAGGAAGGAUGGGGCCCGGAGGUGUCGGAUAACGGAGGUCUCACACUGCGCAACUUCUGUGGCUGGCAGCGGCGCUUCAACAAGCCCAGCGACCGCCACCCAGAGCACUACGACACCGCCAUUUUGUUCACCAGACAGAACUUCUGCGGGAAGGGGGAGCAGUGCGACACCCUGGGAAUGGCAGACGUUGGCACCAUCUGCGACCCCAACAAGAGCUGUUCAGUCAUCAAAGAUGAGGGACUGCAGGCAGCCUACACCCUGGCCCAUGAGCUAGGGCACGUUCUCAGCAUGCCCCAUGAUGAUUCUAAGCCCUGUGCGAGGCUGUUUGGACCCAUGGGCAAGUACCACAUGAUGGCGCCAUUCUUCAUCCACGUGAACAAGACGCUACCCUGGUCUCCCUGCAGUGCUGUAUACCUCACAGAGCUUCUGGAUGAUGGUCACGGAGAUUGUCUCCUGGAUGCCCCCACCUCGGUCCUUCCCCUCCCUACAGGGCUCCCAGGCCACAGCACCCUCUAUGAGCUGGACCAGCAGUGCAAGCAGAUCUUUGGGCCUGACUUCCGCCACUGCCCCAACACCUCUGUGGAAGACAUCUGCAUGCAGCUCUGGUGCCGUCAUCAAGAUAGUGAUGAGCCCAUUUGCCACACAAAGAAUGGCAGUCUGCUCUGGGCUGAUGGUACACCCUGUGGCCCCGAGCGCCUAUGCCUGGAUGGCAGCUGUGUGCUUAAGGAGGAAGUGGAGAAUCCCAAGGCUGUGGUAGAUGGAGACUGGGGUCCAUGGGGACCCUGGGGAGAAUGUUCUCGCACCUGUGGAGGAGGAAUACAGUUUUCGAACCGUGAGUGUGACAAUCCAGUGCCUCAGAAUGGAGGAAGAUUUUGCCUGGGUGAGAGAGUCAAGUACCAAUCAUGCAACACAGAGGAGUGUCCACCAAAUGGAAAAAGCUUCAGGGAGCAGCAGUGUGAGAAAUAUAAUGCCUACAACCACACUGACCUGGAUGGGAAUUUCCUGCAGUGGGUCCCCAAAUAUUCAGGAGUGUCUCCCCGAGACCGAUGCAAGCUGUUCUGCAGAGCCCGGGGGAGGAGUGAGUUCAAAGUGUUUGAAGCCAAGGUGAUCGACGGCACUCUGUGUGGGCCGGAUACUCUGUCCAUCUGCGUCCGGGGACAAUGCGUUAAGGCUGGCUGUGACCACGUGGUGAACUCACCUAAGAAGCUCGACAAAUGUGGGGUGUGUGGAGGCAAAGGCACUGCCUGUAGGAAGGUCUCCGGCUCUUUCACCCCCUUCAGUUAUGGCUACAAUGACAUUGUCACCAUCCCAGCUGGUGCCACAAACAUUGAUGUUAAACAACGGAGCCACCCAGGGGUCCGGAAUGAUGGCAGUUAUUUGGCACUGAAGACAGCCAGUGGGCAGUACCUGCUCAAUGGCAACCUGGCCAUCUCUGCCAUAGAGCAAGACAUCUUGAUGAAGGGGACCAUCCUAAAGUACAGUGGUUCCAUGGCUACCCUGGAACGGCUGCAGAGCUUCCAGGCCCUACCUGAGCCUCUGACAGUACAGCUCCUGACUGUGUCUGGUGAGGACUUUCCCCCAAAAGUCAGAUACACCUUCUUUGUUCCCAAUGACAUGGACUUCAGCACACAGAAUAGCAAAGAAAGAGCAACUACCAACAUUAUCCAGUCAUUGCCCUAUGCAGAGUGGGUGCUGGGGGACUGGUCUGAAUGCCCUAGCACCUGUGGAGGUGGCUGGCAGCGGCGGACUGUGGAAUGUAGGGACCCCUCAGGUCAGGCCUCUGACACCUGUGAUGAGGCUCUGAAACCCGAGGAUGCCAAGCCCUGUGGAAGCCAGCCAUGUCCCCUGUGAUCCCCUUGGUGGAAAUGUCUUAGGCUUAUGGACUUGAGCUACUGGGAUAUAGACAAGGGUCCUCUCUAAGGUGAUACUACAUAUCAAGACGGUAUGGCCCUUCCAGGCCUCCUGCCACUGCAACCCUUUGGGUACUGCCUGAUUCGUAAGGAAGAGGAGAGUAUGAGGGUGAUGGAUCCUAAAGCUGGCUGUCUAGUGGACUGGACCUUGCUUAUGUUCAAGUAGAGGGUAUAGAUUAAAAGGUAAAAGUGCAUUUAUUGAUCCAAAUGGGAGAUUUCAGAGCCAGCCUCUUUGCAAAGGACUAGCAAAGUUAAAGGGAAAAGAAGAAAUUUGUUCUAUUUGAUUUCCCCAAUAAUCAAUCUACCUCACAGCGGGGGGAAAAUCAGUGUAUGGGAGGUAUGAGGCCAGGCAUUGGGACGGUGAAUGUCAAAGCAAGGUCCAGCACCAUCUCGAGCUAUCUUCAGAUGGAUGUCUUCGGUGUGGAAAUCCAUUGUCUCAAGGGCGGUGGUGUCCAUCACAGGGUUGUAGAGAGCCACUUGUUCUCAGGCUUUCACCUGCUGGGCGGACCCAAUUCAGUAUUUAUACAAAUAUGUCUCUGAACUAAAGUGUGACCUU